AUGUGCGGUCUUUGUAAUUCAUUCAGGCAUUUAAAAAAGGAUUGUGAAUUGGUUAACAUAAAUAAGAGACAAUUAUAUUGCAUGGAACGAUAUCAAAGUUUUCAGAAAAGAAAAUUCUUUGAAAGAUAAAUGAGUAAAAACAAUAACACUUUAUUAAUUUAACAAGAUGUUUGUGCAAGAGCUUAUUCCUAUAUUGAUGAGAUAAAAAAAUAAAAACAAUCAGACAUUAUUUAACUAUUAGAUUUAACCUUAAGUGAUUCAGAUGAUACAUUAUCUGAUGAAGAUUUCUUAGAUUAGAAGAAGUUUAAAUAUCAAGAAACUUUAAAAGAAAAUCAGUUAAAGAGUAAUUCAUCUACACAUAUAAAAUGCGAAUAAAACUAAAGAAGAUAAACAAUAUCUUCUAUGUAUCUCAAAUAAAUUUCAAAAGAAUUUGAAGUAAGAUUAAUAAGUAGGACUAGAUUUAAAUUAAAUCCAAAAAUCAGAAUUUUUUAUAGAUAAACUUGCUUUACAAGGAAUUGA